AUGAUCGCUAUGAGAGCGCGGUGCCAAGAGGCGCUAAGCUUUCUGCGCUACGUCAGGAGGGUGUUAGAAGAGAAGGGGGAGGACGCAGCCGCCGCCGCUGCAGCUGUCGCCGCCGGGCAUGGCUGGGACUGGGUCGAAGAGAACUGCAGAUGCGUCUUCGACCUUCUCGGCGCAGUCCCUCUCAUAGGUUCUCUAGACCCGGUCUUCCGAAGAAAGCUGCUCUGGAUGCUUGAUCUCGCCAACCGUCAGGAGGGCCAGAUACUCUUCCGCCAAGGCGAUAAACAAGAAACGCUUUGGCUUAUUCUCGACGGACGGAUUGGCGUCCGCUCGACAGACAAGCAAGGAGUUGUCCACUAUACUGGAGAGUUCAACUCAGGGCACGUCAUCGGCAGCAUCCUCCCCGAGAAGCGGCUGGCGACAGCGAUCUGCCUCGAGCAGUGCACCUUGCUCCAGCUCGACCGCGCUACUUUUCUCCAGGCCUUGAACGACCCCGAGGCGCAGCGCGCCGUCGUGAAAAAGAACUUUUUCCGAUCCGUGUCCCUCUUCAAGGGGCUUGGGGAGAGGGACCUCGACCGGCUGGUCUCGGUUUUCCACCACACCACGCUGGAGGCGGGAGACGUUCUAUGCCGGGAGGGGGAGCGGGUGGACUACCUCUACCUCGUCCAGCGUGGCAACCUUCGCCUCCUGAAGGCCUUUGUGCCCCUCCCUGAUGAUGGUGACGAUGAUGAUGAUGAUGGUGGUGGUAGUGGUGAUGACGAUGAUGGUGUCCCUGCUCGACAGCGACGACGGGCAGAGGACAAAGCGGGGUCUGAGUUGGAGUCGAAGACGGAGACGGAGACGGAGACGGGGACGGAGACGGAGACGGAGACGGAGACGGAGACGGAGAGAAUAGGAGCUGAUGCGACGCAACGAAGGGAAUGGACGCACGAACAUGAGCAGACGCACGAACAUGAGCAGGAGAAACAACAGGAGACCCGGCACCAGCGGCAACAGCAGCAAGAGCAUCCGCAACAGCGAGCGGAAGCACCAAGGGUGCGAUACUUCGAUCUCGGAGUCGUGGGGCGACGAGAGUUCGUCGGGGAAGGAGGCUUCACCUCAGCCGCGUUCGCGGGGGCAGGUGCGCUGAAAGCCGCCGGGGGCAUGGCCGGAGAAGAUGUCCGAGACGGAGGGAGUGUGAAAGGCAGGAGGCUCGGGGGGGUUGGGCCCGGAUCAGCAGCAGCAGGAGGAGAAGACGGACCGGGGGGGGCAGGGGCGAGAAGGAGCGUCUGGAGUAGCUGCCACAAGAACCGCGGGCGUGUGGUGUCGCGGAUCGGGGGAGACUACCUAGUGUCAGCCUUCGCUGAGGGCCGGGCGGACAUCUUUGCGGCGAAAGUUGGCCACCUGUUCCCCUUGCAGUCGGCCGCCCUCAAGCUCUGCUGGAUCGAGGGGCGUGAGGUGCACAAAAUGAAGGAGCGAGAGUGGAAGGCGGGUGCGUUGGCUGCCAGGCUGAGAAAGCAGAUCGCGUGGGAGCGCACCAAACGGGCCAUCGUUAUGGAUAGCAUACGGAUAGGCGUACUCGAGAAGAGGAUGGCGAUGACCGUCAGCCGGGCGGAACGGGCAGAGCGUGGGAGGGGCGUUGAGAACAGCCGUAGAGGUGGCAACGGUAGCGGUGACAGAAACAACAGCAACGCCGCCGCUGUUGCUGGCUUGCCCCAGUCUCAUGAAGCAGGUGGUUAA